AUGGAGCCGCAAGCGCACACGGAGUCACUGGACGACGCGAGCGCGUUACUGGCAGCCCAUAUGAUCACUGCCACUAGUCCCGUGUGUGCGCAAGAUGCGGUCGCCUUCUGUCAAAAAGAGGCCAACGUGAUAGCUCUGCUCCGCGAAGCUCCAGACCUGGUCGAGCCCCGGAAGAUCAUUGACGCACUAAGCGCGGUGCGGCUCUGCAUGAGCGCUCAUGCGGACGUGUUGUCUGUUGACUGUGUGAACGCGCUAUCCACGGACGGUGAACUGAGAGCGUCUACGACGGCCGCAUCCGUGCAGUCCGCGCACCUGAAGGCGCUCAGGAACGACGGGGGAGACGAAGACUCUUCAAUGGAAAUUAAUAUCUACUACUCGAGACACCACAAUGAGGCUGGCUCUCCACUGCGCUCGGAUAACGCACUAGCUGCUCGCCACGUGCAGUCGAGCGAGUCGCUGUCGAGCCUGACAGGAGUGCUGGCUCACCCGGCAACAUGGGCAAUCGUCCUGCCCUUCUUUGCAGUUGGUGUGUACGUGAGUCUGAGCAAAGUGGCGACGUUUCUCCGUCGACGGCGGGAGGAACGCCGCAUCGAGAGCAAGCUGUACAUGCCAGUGAAUUGA